GUAACCGCCGAGGAAGCCGAGGCGAGCCCGGGUCGGGCGCGAGGGCGCGCGGGCCGCUGCUGCCACCGCGGGUGUUCCCUGCGCUCCCGCUCCAGCUAGGACUCUCUCUGCCGCCUCCUCCUCCUCCUCCGACCUCAGUCCUCACCACCCUCCUCCCGCUCCUCAAAAGCACCCCCGAGUCCCCACCCCCUCACGCCCCACCCGCGGGAACGAGGCCUUGGGAAUUCAGGGGAGUGGCUGUGGGGGCGCGUCGCGGCUCCCAGCUCGGCCAGCCCCUCUUUCAAGACAUGGUCUGAUCCCCAUUGUAAAAGCUGCGCCCCGAAGAGGAGGAGAGAGUCGUGCUCCCUUCCUGGGGCUGCAGGGAGCUCUCCGUGCUGAAGCUCUUGCAUUAUUUUAGGGUGGGGCGAAGAGGGCCCUGGAUUUUGGGGAGUGGGGGUGGGUGGGGAGGAGGACCCGAGGGGGGCAAGGACUCUGUGGGGGAGUCGGUGAGAGACUAUGGGGAAGGACCAGGAGCUGCUGGAAGCUGCUCGCACUGGAAAUGUGGCUCUGGUGGAGAAACUCCUGUCUGGCAGGAAAGGAGGGAUCCUGGGCGGUGGAUCCGGACCCCUGCCCCUGUCUAAUCUGCUAAGCAUCUGGCGAGGCCCCAAUGUGAACUGCACAGACAGUUCGGGUUACACUGCUUUACACCACGCAGCCUUAAAUGGACAUAAGGACAUAGUUCUCAAACUACUUCAAUAUGAGGCAUCAACAAAUGUAGCAGACAACAAAGGGUAUUUUCCUAUUCACCUGGCUGCCUGGAAAGGAGAUGUGGAAAUUGUGAAGAUUCUUAUUCAUCAUGGACCAUCACAUUCCAGGGUCAAUGAACAGAACAAUGAAAAUGAAACUGCCCUACACUGUGCAGCUCAAUAUGGACACUCAGAAGUAGUUGCAGUUCUCCUAGAAGAGCUCACUGACCCGACAAUUAGGAAUAGCAAGCUGGAAACACCUUUGGACUUGGCGGCACUCUACGGACGGCUUAGAGUGGUAAAAAUGAUCAUCAGUGCACAUCCUAACUUAAUGAGCUGCAACACUCGCAAGCACACGCCACUUCACCUUGCUGCGCGCAAUGGCCACAAAGCAGUCGUGCAGGUGCUGCUGGAGGCAGGAAUGGAUGUGAGCUGUCAAACAGAAAAGGGGAGUGCACUUCAUGAAGCAGCUUUGUUUGGAAAGGUGGAUGUUGUACGAGUUCUGUUAGAAACAGGAAUUGAUGCCAACAUAAAGGAUAGCUUAGGUAGAACUGUCUUGGACAUUCUGAAAGAACAUCCAUCUCAGAAAUCUCUCCAGAUUGCAACACUCUUACAAGAGUAUUUAGAAGGCGUGGGAAGAUCUACAGUCCUCGAAGAGCCUGUACAGGAAGAUGCAACACAAGAAACACACAUUUCAUCUCCUGUUGAGUCUCCUUCCCAAAAGACCAAAAGUGAAACCGUCACUGGAGAAUUAUCAAAACUCUUGGAUGAAAUAAAACUCUGUCAAGAAAAGGAUUAUUCGUUUGAAGACUUGUGCCACACAAUAUCAGACCACUACUUAGAUAAUUUGAGCAAGAUUUCAGAGGAAGAACUUGGGAAAAAUGGAAGCCAGAGUGUAAGAACCUCAUCUACAAUCAAUUUGUCACCAGGAGAAGUGGAAGAAGAGGAUGAUGAUGAAAAUACGUGUGGGCCAUCAGGACUUUGGGAAGCAUUAACUCCGUGUAAUGGAUGUAGGAACCUUGGCUUCCCCAUGCUUGCCCAGGAGUCCUAUCCAAAGAAGAGAAAUUACACUAUGGAAAUUGUACCAUCUGCUUCUCUGGAUACAUUUCCUUCAGAAAAUGAGAACUUUCUGUGUGAUCUCAUGGACACAGCUGUUACAAAGAAACCUUGCUCCUUAGAAAUUGCAAGGGCACCUUCCCCAAGAACUGAUAAUGCCUCUGAGGUAGCAAUUACUACUCCAGGAACUAGUAACCAUAGAAACAGCUCAACAGGCCCAACACCUGAUUGUUCACCUCCAUCCCCUGAUACUGCCCUCAAAAAUAUUGUAAAAGUCAUUCGACCCCAGCCUAAACAGCGAACAUCCAUUGUGUCUUCUCUGGAUUUUCACCGAAUGAAUCACAACCAAGAAUAUUUUGAAAUCAACACAUCUACAGGGUGCACAAGCUUUACUGCCAGUCCUCCUGCUAGUCCACCCACCUCUUCUGUGGGAACCACAGAAGUCAAGAAUGAGGGAACUAACCAUACAGAUGACCUCUCCCGACAGGAUGACAAUGAUCCCCCAAAAGAAUAUGAUCCUGGGCAAUUUGCAGGCCUGCUCCAUGGAUCCUCUCCGGCCUGUGAGUCCCCUGAAAAUCCAUUUCAUCUCUAUGGGAAAAGAGAACAAUGUGAAAAAGGACAAGAUGAAGUCAGUUUGGCAAACAGUCCUUUGCCUUUCAAGCAGUCUCCAAUAGAAAAUAACUCAGAACCUUUGGUAAAGAAAAUUAAACCCAAAGUGGUCAGUAGAACAAUUUUUCACAAAAAAAGCAACCAACUCGAAAACCAUACCAUUGUUGGCACAAGAUCAACCAGGAGUGGAUCUCGGAAUGGGGACCAGUGGGUUAUGAACGCAGGGGGAUUUGUGGAGAGAGCCUGUACUCUGGGGAGAAUAAGGUCAUUGCCUAAAGCCUUGAUCGACAUGCAUUUGUCAAAAAAUGUCUCUAAAUCUGAUUCUGAUCUCAUUGCCUAUCCUUCCAAUGAGAAAACAUCAAGAGUUAACUGGAGUGAAUCUUCCACUGCUGAACACAGUUCUAAAGGGAAUUCUGAAAGAACACCAUCCUUCACAUCGGAAUGGGAAGAAAUUGACAAAAUAAUGAGUUCCAUAGAUGUUGGAAUCAACAACGAACUUAAAGAGAUGAAUGGUGAGACCACAAGACCCAGAUGCCCUGUCCAAACAGUGGGACAAUGGUUGGAAAGCAUUGGGCUACCUCAGUACGAGAACCACCUGAUGGCUAAUGGAUUUGACAAUGUGCAGUUUAUGGGAAGCAAUGUUAUGGAAGAUCAGGAUUUGUUGGAAAUUGGAAUCCUUAAUUCUGGGCACAGACAAAGAAUUCUACAGGCAAUCCAGCUCCUUCCAAAGAUGAGACCCAUUGGGCAUGAUGGCUACCAUCCCACCUCUGUAGCUGAGUGGCUGGAUUCCAUUGAACUGGGCGACUACACCAAAGCCUUUCUAAUUAAUGGCUACACUUCGAUGGACCUGUUGAAAAAAAUCUGGGAGGUUGAACUUAUUAAUGUUUUAAAAAUCAAUUUGAUUGGCCACAGGAAACGUAUUUUGGCAUCUCUGGGAGACAGGCUGCACGACGAUCCCCCACAGAAGCCCCCUCGGUCCAUCACCCUCAGGGAACCCAGUGGUAAUCACACUCCUCCUCAGUUGUCUCCAUCACUUAGCCAAAGCACUUACACCACUGGUGGCUCCCUAGACGUUCCUCACAUUAUCAUGCAGGGCGAUGCAAGGAGGAGAAGAAAUGAAAACUACUUUGAUGAUAUUCCCCGAUCAAAACUGGAGAGGCAGAUGGCUCAGCAGUCGUCUGUCUGUGAAAUAUGGACGAAUCAGAACGCAGGAUUUCCUUUCUCAGCGAUCCAUCAGGUUCAUAAUACAGGAGACUGGGGAGAACCUUCCAUUACCUUGCGACCUCCGAAUGAAGCCACAGCCUCUACCCCGGUACAGUACUGGCAGCAUCACCCAGAAAAGCUUAUCUUCCAGUCGUGUGAUUACAAAGCUUUUUAUUUAGGUUCUAUGCUGAUAAAAGAGCUUAGGGGGACAGAAUCAACCCAAGAUGCUUGUGCAAAAAUGCGGGCUAACUGUCAGAAGUCUACAGAGCAAAUGAAGAAGGUCCCUACUAUUAUUCUUUCUGUCUCAUAUAAAGGAGUCAAAUUUAUUGAUGCAACAAAUAAGAACAUAAUUGCUGAGCAUGAAAUUCGUAAUAUCUCCUGUGCUGCCCAGGACCCAGAAGACCUCUCAACAUUUGCCUAUAUCACAAAAGAUUUGAAGUCUAAUCACCACUACUGUCAUGUGUUUACUGCCUUUGAUGUGAAUUUAGCCUAUGAAAUCAUCCUAACCCUGGGACAGGCAUUCGAAGUCGCUUACCAGCUAGCACUACAAGCAAGAAAAGGGGGACACUCCUCCACACUUCCAGAAAGCUUUGAAAACAAACCCUCCAAACCCAUCCCCAAGCCCCGCGUUAGCAUUCGCAAGUCCGUGCAGAUCGACCCAUCUGAGCAAAAGACUCUGGCCAAUCUACCGUGGAUUGUGGAGCCGGGCCAAGAAGCCAAGAGGGGCAUUAAUACCAAGUAUGAAACCACGAUUUUCUGAUACUCGCCGUCCUCCUGUCCUCGCGGUGCCUUGCUCGCCAAGCGGUCCCGGAGCAGGCUUUCCUUCGCGCCUCCGCGUCCACCCAGCCC